GAAAGAGACGCAGACGUGCAGUGACAAUCAGAGCAAAGACAGUAAUAAAUAACGCUGAUCGUCUCCUGCAGCGCAGCAGAAAGGGUUUGUUUGACAGCAGCGCAGUUUUGCGUCGUUUUACGACAAGUUUUAUCACCAUCACCAGAACCAAGAUGUCCCUCCGCUACCACAACAAAGUUGUGAUUGUCACCGGAGGAUCCAAAGGUAUUGGCAGAGGGAUUGUCAGAGUGUUUGUGGCAAAUGGUGCCAAAGUGGUGUUUUGUGCAAGAGCAGGUGCAGGAGGUGAAGCUCUGGAGGCAGAGCUAAACAAAACAGGGCCAGGCUCAUGUAAAUAUGUCAUCUGUGACGUCUCCAAAGAGGAGGACAUCAAGAGAUUGAUUGCUGUCACAGCGGAGCAUUAUGGACACAUUGACUGCCUGGUCAACAACGCAGGGUGGCACCCACCUCAUAAACCUACUGACGACACCACAGCUGAGGAGUUCAGGGACCUGCUGAAUCUGAACCUCAUCAGCUACUUCUUGGCUUCUAAAUAUGUGUUGCCGUACCUACGACAGCGUCAGGGAAACAUCAUCAAUGUUUCCAGUCUGGUGGGCUCCAUCGGUCAGAAAGAUGCUGCACCGUAUGUCGCCACCAAGGGGGCGAUCAUUUCCAUGACAAAGGCCAUGGCUGUGGACGAGAGUCGUUACAACGUGCGAGUGAACUGCAUCUCUCCAGGUAAUGUGCUCACACCUUUGUGGGAAGAAUUAGCAGCACAGACACCAGAUGCUGCUGCAGCCAUUAAACUCGGAGAAAAUUAUCAGCUGCUGGGACGUAUGGGCUCUGAGGCUGAAUGUGGACUGGCUGCCUUAUAUCUCGCUGCAGACGCUACGUUCUGCACCGGGAUUGACCUGCUGCUGAGUGGAGGAGCUGAACUCAACUACAGCUUCAAGAGCCAGAUCCCACCCUGACUGUCCUGGUCUCCACAAUCUCCUCAAUGUUGUGAUAUUGCUGGUUUAACAUGUUAAUUUGUUUAACAGAGAUUAUACAUAUGUUGAAGUGCACUGGUUAGAGAUGAAUACUACAUGGUUAUGAAUACGAUUAAUUUACUUGAGCAAAGUGCCUGCCUGAGAUAAAUCAGCUCAGAGUUUUGGCAUCCUGGCCAACUGUGAAACAAGACCUGCACCACGCCCGCCGAUCCACCAAUCAGCAUCAACCUGUGUGACCUACAAUAACCUCCCCUUUUGGUCGACUGGUGUCCGCCAAUCAGAUGUUACGCUUUCAUCACGCCUCCCCUGACUUCCUUACUAACAUUUCUGCUGUUAA